GUUGAGCUCAAGAACUGAUUUUAUAUUUUCGGUAUUGAAUCUCACUGGUAAAAAAAAUAUUACUGAAAUAUACGUCGCACAUUGGAAGCCAAUAAGUAGAAAAUUUUGAAAGUGCAGAACUUUGAAAUAUCUUUGGAAAUUAAAACAGCUUUCAAACAUUGUUUUUACCACAAAUAAUGAGUCCAAAAAACAAGAAUACUAAAAAUACUGCACCAGUCAUGACAUCUCAAAAUGCUGGAAAACUUAUGGCCGCGCAAAAUACUGCAACACUGAUGACACCUAGAAAAACGAGCAAAAAAUCGGUGAUCUGCCCAUUAUGCAUGGAGAAUUUGGAAAUUGAUGACGUACAAUUCUUUCCCUGUAGUUGCGCAUAUCAAGUGUGUCGAUUUUGUUGGCAUCGCAUACGAACAGAAGAAAAUGGUUUAUGUCCAGGAUGUCGUAGGUUGUAUCCAGAGAAUCCAGCAAAUUUUACAGCUUUAACGCCAAAAGAUGUAUCGAAACAACAGUCGAAGAAGCGAAAAAAUGAAAGAAAAGCUAAAACGACAAUGUCCGUAAAUCGCUUAGAUUUAGAAGGUUUACGUAUUUUACAACCAAAUUUAAUAUUUGUUGUUGGUUUGCCGCCGAGAUUGAUUAAAGCUGAUGUACUUAAAAAACAGGAAUAUUUUGGUAAAUACGGCCCAGUCGAAAGAGUUGUAAUUAAUCCGCAUACAAGAUUUUUGGGUAUACAAGGGCCAACAGUUGCGGUUUAUGUUACCUACGUACAUAACGAAGAUGCUCUCAAAGCUAUACAGUGUAUAAAUUUAUAUGAAAUUGAUGGACGAAUUAUUAAAGCUAACUUAGGUAUGACAAAGUAUUGUAAACAUUUUAUCAAAAACAAUCGUUGCGUUAAAAGUGAAUGCACAUAUCUGCAUGAAAUUGCUGCACCGGAACUCACAUUUACUAUAGAGGAAAUGAAUCAAAGAAAACAUUACGAAUACGAAAAGCGUUUACAUGAACUUCUCGAAACAACGACAAAAUUAAAUGAAACUAAAAAAGCUAAUUCCAAAAGGUUAUCGGUAAAAACUUCAGAUAAAGCUAGUCAAACAGAUAUAGCAGCGUUCUGUUGUGGAAUUGCAACGUGUGAAUUGUCAAAAACAACUUACCAGCGUAAUGAAAUAUAUGGCAGAGAAAAAUAUGGUUCAGAAAGUAAUGCAACGACUGUUAUCGAAGUUGAUUCAAUGGAUCGAACAAAUAAUCAAGAAAACAAUUGGCAUACUAUGGCUACAAAGUAUCAAAUUGAUCAUGAUCAAACCUCCAAAUAUCGUAAGGAUAUUGAAGUAUCAAUAAAUGGCGAAAAACGUGGAAUAUCCAAGUAUUAUGGAAAAUCUUACAUUCCUAACUACCUAAAAGAUUACGAAAAAUCAAAUGUUGAGAAUUAUCAAAUGGGAAUUCAUACUCAAUAUAAAUAAUUUCAGAAUAUCUAAUAAAUUUUAAGCUGUCUCGUAUUUCUGACUAUAAUCAUAUUAGUACUGAAACAUCUGGGAGCUCGAAAUAUGACUUGGUAUAUGGAAAAUCCGGUAUUUCUAAAUAUUGGA